AUGUCGUCACCCCGUCCAAAGCUUAUAAGCUUGGAUGCCUUUGCCAAAACGGUUGAGGAUGCGCGAAUUAAAACUGCCUCUGGCGGUAUCAUUACUUUAUUGUGCUGUCUAGUUGCUUUGAUAUUGAUACGAAAUGAGUACAUUGAUUAUACCACCAUUGUGACUCUUCCCGAGCUCGUAGUUGAUAGAGAUAUUAACAAACAGCUUGAAAUAAAUAUGGAUAUGUCUUUUCCUAACUUGCCAUGUGAUAUGAUCAAUAUGGAUUUGUUUGAUGAAACUGGUGAUAUGAAAUUGGACGUGAUCAAUUCGGGUUUGGAAAAAUAUAGAAUAAUCAAGAGAGGUAAUAACAAGGUUGUUGAAGAAUUGGAUGACCAGCCUGCCUUGAGGAGGGAGCAACCUUUGCAUGAAAUUUGUAAAGGUCUCGGAGAAAACGAACAAGGAGAAUGUGGCUCAUGUUAUGGAGCUUUACCGCAAGACAAAAAGGAGUACUGUUGUAAUAGUUGUGCUGCAGUACGUAGAGCAUAUGCUCACAAGAAAUGGCAAUUUUUCGAUGGAGAGAACAUUGAACAGUGUGAAAAAGAAGGUUAUGUCCAAAAAUUGAAAGACAGAAUCAAUCAAAAUGAAGGUUGCCGAGUCAAAGGAAGUGCAAAGAUUAACCGUGUUGCAGGUACAAUGGACUUUGCACCUGGAAUUUCUACAACUAGCAAUGGCCAGCAUGUUCACGACUUGUCCUUAUACACCAAGUAUCCAGACAAAUUCAACUUUGACCAUGUUAUCCAUCAUUUAUCCUUUGGAAAGAUUCCAACUGCCAUCACUAAUCUACAAGAAACUGAUUCGCUUUCGCCGUUGGAUGGACACUCCUUUUUGCAACACAAAAGAUACCACAUGAAUAAUUACUAUUUAAAAAUUGUUUCUACUAGAUUCGAGAAUCUAGACGGCACAAAGAAAGUUGAUACUAAUCAGUUCUCGGUGAUAACACACGAUAGACCAUUGGUAGGUGGUAAAGAUGAAGACCAUCAGCAUACGUUACAUGCAAGAGGUGGUGUACCUAGUGUCGCGUUCCAUUUUGACAUAUCUCCAUUGAAAAUAAUCAAUCGUGAACGAUAUGCCAAAACGUGGUCUGGUUUCGUUUUGGGCGUUGUGAGUUCCGUUGCAGGUGUAUUGAUGGUGGGUGCUUUAUUAGAUAGAAGUGUAUUUGCUGCACAACAAGCAAUGAAGGGGAAAAAGGAUUUGUAA